AUACAUAAGAAUUAGAUUGUGCUCUAUUAAUAUGACAGAAAUUAUACUUUAUGUUUAUAAUUAUGUUUAUAAUUAUAAUUUAUUUAUGUUUAUAAUUAUGUUUAUAAUUAUAAUUUAUUUAUGCAUAAAAUACAGUCAGUUAAAUCAGUUUACUCAAUAACGUAAAUUUUUUAAAGAGCGAGUGUGAUAAUACCAAUUUUAACGUUUAUUUACAUUUGUGUGAUUUUAAAUUGUAAUCAAAAUGAGUAUAUAGAGUAAUAUGAUAAACAAUGACCUUGUAUUUUGAUAUACGAGUGCAAAAUCCUGAGAGUGCUUCUAUAAGCACUCUUGCAACGUGGCACAAUAAUUAUCCAUUGUUAGCUGUUGCUGCGUACUCUCAAGACAAAGGUGGUUUUGUGACUAUUUACGAUGAUCAAGGUGAACCUGUGCAGGAUGUUGAGUCACCGGGUCAUGCAGUAGCACAAGUCACUGCUCUUGGCUGGCACCCCGAAAAGACUUGGCUAUCGGCGGGCUGGGAGAAUGGAGAAUUACGAGUCUGGCCAGGAGACACUGGAACUCAGGAAUUCAAUGUAAUAGUGACUCCUCAUCGAGAUUCUAUUACGAUUCUUCAAUGGAGUCAAUAUGGUGGUCGCUUGGUAUCUGCUGACAAUGAUGGUUUUAUAGUUGGUUGGAAGAUAGACUCUAGAGGACAACUUUUCAUGAUAUUUCAGCAUGAAUUGAAGGAGUCUUUUAUACAAAUUGCGUUCAGGACAGUUCCGCUAAAACCAGCUGUUGAUAUUAGUGGUUUGGCAAAGGCAGCAGUAGCUGGUGAUGAAAGAGCCUUGGACCUAUUUAAUUCCUGGCGUCCUAGAACUGCCGCGCCAACAGCAAUUACCGCACAGCGGGACAAUUAUUCAUUUUACAUCGGCACCAUAAACGGCACCAUAUACUUUGUUGACGCUCAAGGACAAUGCAAGGAAGUUUUUAAUACUAAUGGCGCAGCAUUGAACUGUCUACUGUAUCAUCAGACCAGGGAUUCUAUUAUUGUUAUGACAGAGGGAUUAAAUAUUGGGCACUUUCAAAUAGAUCCGAUCAGCGGAGAACUCACCGAAUUAACAAAGGUAAAACUAAGCGGUAGAAGCGACGCAUCACGCGCGACUGGUACCACUCUAUGUUGGAUUGGUGGAAAUACAUUAGCCGUGCUAACGGGAGAGCUCGCUGUACGAUGCUGGGAUCUCCACACAGGCGAUACAUACGUUUUGUCGCCUCCGGACUUAUCCAAUAGAAACGUCGCUACUCCUCAGGAAAUAUGCACUAGCUUGGCGUUUUGCAAGAACAAUGAUACCUUGGCCGCCGGUACCAACCUAGGCACGGUUUACUUGUGGAAGCGAAAAUGUGUAUCCGAUUGCGACGAGAAUGCUUGGCCAAACGUCCCAGAAUCUUGUACGAUUCACGGCACGGUGAAACAACUGAUGUGGGGCGUCAGUUUAUCGCGAAACUCUCUUUUGGCCGUCAACUGUAUCACUAAUGUAUUCAUUUUGCAUCAGCAAUUGAUGUGCGCCGUAUACAAUGACGGCGUUUGCGCGAGCCAACUUACCCCGACGCAGAUUUUGCUCGAGAUGGAUAAGCAGAUGUAUACGUUAAAGACGGAGAUGCAAGUGCAGGUUAUUGCUGUAUCCAGAGAAUACAUCGCUGUCUCCUCUGGCAGACAAAUCAUUGUCAACCGCAUCAACAAGGGUGCAAAUCUCAAUACGAGUGUAUUGGCAACCUUUAGCUGCGAUACGGAAAAGAUGUUGAUCUACGAGCAUACGUUGAUUGUAUUGACUCCAACGAUUAUUCAACUGCGAUCUAUAGAAGGCUCCAUUAUUCAGAUGCUCCCCACGUUACCAGAAGAAGGCGAACCAAUUACGAUGGAAUUAACAGGGCAUUAUUUAACUGUAGCAUCGUUGAAUGGCAUUCUGAAGAUUUGGAAUCUGGGAAAACACGAGGCUAAGCUACACACUCGUGCUAUGGCGACAUACGAGGCGAUUAGCGAUUUUGCUGAAAUCAUUGAGGCCAGAUGUAACUCAGAUUGCCGUUGCGUCUCGAUCACCGUCGCAAUGGCGAAUCUUAUGCCCAGUUCUGUUUUAUACAUUUGGGAUAUCGAGAGCGAUCAGAUUCAUGAAUUAGACUUCGGAGAAUCGGAUGAUUUAGGUGACGAUAACUCUGCGUUGGCUGCACAGUGCAAAGGAAGGUUGGUUACAGCACAUUGCUGGGACAUGGAAGAUCCUAGACUACUAGUAUGUCGAGCUCAGAGAUUGGAAAGCUAUAACUCGAAGGACAAUAAGGACAAUGAUCAGACUGUACAAGCUUCUGUAGUAUUGGUAUCAUUAUUUGCAACCUCAGAUCAUGGUAUCGUAAUACAGGAUGUGAAACCGAUCGCCGAUGAGGAUUGCCGAUUGUUAGGUGUGUGCUCCCCACAUAUUGUUAUCCUAAAUUCUGAAAAGAGUUUGAAUAGGAAUAGUAAAAUUGUACCGUUAUUAAUGAGAGACUUUGAAGAACUGGGAGAAUGCGAUUCUGUUACUAAAAAAGCGGUGAUAGACUUUAGUUAUCAUAUUAGUGUGGCGAACAUGGAGGAAGCUUUUAAAGCCAUUAAAUCUAUAAAGAAUGAAGCUGUCUGGAAGAGCUUAGCCAAAAUGUGUGUGAAAACGAAGCAAUUAAAUAUGGCACUUCUCUGUCUGGGUCACAUGAAACAAGCCAAUGCCGCUCGAGCUUUGCGUGAAGCAAUGCAAGAUAAUAACUUGAGCUUGGAAGCACAAGUAGGAAUUUUAGCCGUCGAACUGAGCCUUUAUACUGAUGCUGAACGUUUAUUUCGUGAAGCAAAACGUUUAGAUCUAUUGGGACGGUUGUAUGAAGCACAGAACAAAUUCAAGGAGGCAAUCGAGUUGGCUAAUAAUGAGAACAAGAUUCGUGAAAAGACGAGCUAUUACAAUUAUGCCCGUGUGUUGGAACAGCAGGGUAAAGUGGCGGAAGCUAUCGACAUGUAUACGAAGGCCGAUUGCCAUCGAUUUGAAGUGCCCAGAAUGCUUUUGACAAGACCUCGAGAGUUACUCACGUACUUGAAUAAUUCCGAAGAAUCGGAUAUUAAGAAUUGGCAUGCUCAAUAUAUCGAGUCGACUGGCGAUAUGGAGACUGCCUUACGUCUUUAUGAGCAAGCCAAGGACACUUUAUCGAUGACGAGGUUGCUUUGUUAUUUCGGCAGAGAGGACGAAGUAUGCGAGCUGGUGACCAGAACAAAUCACGCUGCGGCAGCAUACCAUCUUGCUGCGCACUAUGAGUCGAAAAAUAACGUAGUACAGGCUAUUCAUUUCUACACAGUCGCUAAAGCUUAUACUAAUGCAAUACGACUAUGCAAGGAACAUGACAUGCUGGAAGAACUAUGGCCACUGGCUAUACUAGCACCACGGCCCUCGCAGAUAGAUGUUGCCAAGUUUUACGAGGACAACGAUCAAUCGGAUCGCGCUGUACUGCUGUAUCAUAAAGCCGGCCUCCUGCACAAAGCUUUGGACGUUGCGUUCCGAAUGCGACAGUACAGUGCGUUGCAACUAAUCAUUACAGACAUGAACGCGGAUUCUGAUCCGGCGUUGAUCCAUAAAUGCGCCGAUUACUUUAUGCAGAAUGAUCAGAUUGACAAGGCAGUGGAUUUGCUCGCGACCGGCAGGAAUUACAUGGCGGCUCUAGAUCUUAUCCAACAGCAUAACAUCGUGUUGAGUGAGGAACUUGCGGAGAAGUUAACGAUCGAGAAGGGAAGCGACGAUGAUGCGGAGUACGAGCGUACGAGGAUCUCCACGCUCGAAAAAAUCGCGGAGAUUGCUUUUGAUCAAGGAAAUUAUCAUCUCGCGACUAAGAAAUUCACACAAGCUGGUAACAAAUUACGCGCUAUGAAAGCGUUGCUUAAGUCUGGGGACACCGAGAAGAUCUGUUUCUUUGCACAAGUCUCACGAAAUCGCGAGAUUUACAUCAUGGCAGGCAAUUAUUUGCAAUCUUUAGACUGGCAGAAUCAACCAGAGGUUUUAAAGAACAUAAUCAAUUUCUACUCCAAAGGCAAGGCCAUGGAUCUGCUCGCGAAUUUUUAUGUAACCUGCGCGCAAGUGGAGAUUGAUGAAUUUCAGAAUUAUGAAAAAGCACUAGACGCGUUGAAUCAAGCGAACAGAUGUCUGUCCAAGGUGAUGACGCCGCGAGAUCCGGAUGUUCACAAACGGGCGAUAGAAUUAGUAAACAAUAGAAUGUCAGCAAUUAAACGCUACUUGGAUAUUAAAAGAUUGUUCGAUAGAGGUGAAACAGAGACAGCGAUGCAACAAGUUCGUCAUUUGUUGGAUUCUCAAGGACCCAAUUUGGAACAGUCAGUGCGUCGUGGCGAUCUGUUUGCAGCAAUUACACAACAUUAUGUCAAUAUAGGGGACACUGAGAAAGCUUGGGCAACCAUAGAAGAAUUAAAACGCCUAGUGCCAGAAAUCAAUUUGACUUAUUACUUUAACGUAAAUCUUUUAGAAACGUUGGGCUAUAUUAAAACAAAAGUACAUCGACAGGAUAGUUCUGACAAGGAAGAUGGAAUCGAAGAACUUUUGGGAGAAUAAAGUUUUAUUUACUGUGUAAUUGUAUUUUUUUCUUGCGCAAAUGAUCAUAAUUAAAUUUACAUCUUAAUUAAAAGUCAUUAUAAUUAUAUCCGGGAAAAACGAAUUAGAUGCUGAGAUAUGACUAUUUGAUUCAUCAGAUUUGACCAGAUUUGAAAAUUGUCUAUCUGGGCAUCAAUCGUGUAAUUUUAUUUGAAAAUCUUUAUCUGAAUAUUCUUUUUAUUUUUCAUUUUUUACUUUACUAAUUUCUGAACUUUUUUAUGAUCAAAAACAAUUUACAGAAUUAGUUAUGUUGAUAAGUUUUUAUUUUUCUGUUAGCACAUUUGAUGGAAACAUUUACGUGAAAAGUUUCAUAUUUCCACGUUUCAUUGAGUUACACGUGAAACUUUUCACUUUUCACCUUAGGGUAAAAGUUAUACGAUUGAUGCCCUGGGGUUGAAUAUGUAGUAAAUUUUGCGUAACACGGUCGAAGCAGUCAUCUUCUUUAAAUAAUCUACAAGUAAUGAGGGUGAAAGGUCAAGGUGAAAGGUACAAGGAAAAUGCGUUACGCAUUCCUCUACCGAUGGGGAAGAUAUGUGGGACUCGGGGAAUUUGAGAGACUCCCCAAUAGCCACUAAGAACUCUAGUAUGGCCGUCUACCGGUACUAUAGGCCGAAGUUUUCCCGCUCCCGCUCCUCCUUCCGCGAGAUCACCUCCUCGCAGAAGGAGGACACGGCCUCCCAAUUCUCCUCACCGCCGAGCAUCUUUCGUACGACGCUCGGCAGCGAGAGAUCGUCGAUGCCUAAGGCAUCUACAAAGACCCGACGCUUAUCCGCCCACGCCGGACAUAUCUCCAGCGUGUGCUGCGCCGAGUCCUCGUCCGCCCCACAGUGGUGACACCUCGCUGUCGACUUGUGCCCCAUCUUGUUAUGUAGGUACUCACCGAAGCACCCGUGUCCGGUGAGCACCUGCGUCAUUCUAUAGGAGAGCGUCCCAUGCCGGCGAUCCAGCCAUUCUGAGAGAAUCCGCCGGAUCUUUUUAUUACAUAUUCUUGUAGCUUACCUUGAGAGCUUACUAAAA